UCGAGCGAACUUCGCUUGAUCGAAACAGUGUCUCGCUCGUGGUUGUGUGAGUGUUCCAAAGUGUGAUGUUCGAUUGUGUGUCUCGUUUUAUUUCCGAGUAGUCACGCCGAUCCUCGAAGAUUAUCACCAUGGCUGAGCCGGGCGACGAUUUCAAACGGAUAAUCGAAGAAAAGGAUAAGUUAAUCAAGCGGCAGUUCAUAAAAAUUGAAGAAUUGGAAAGUGAACUGGCCGUUCUGAAGGAGGAGCGCGAUGCACUCUUGUGUGACGUUAACAAACUUCGCUUCGAGUUGGAAAUGAGCGAACUCAAACGACUCAAAGAUGUCAGGACGCCGACAUUAUCACAACAGUCUUCAGUUAGUGGUGAACCUCCACCACCGACUCCAGACACAGAAGAUUUGCCGUUAUCAAUGGAGGAAAACGGAAUCUGCUCAAGUUCCUCUCUGAAGCCUGUUGAGCGGGCUUCUUGUGGACCGGGUCCGCCACUAAAGCAAGUCAGAUCAUACUCUGUGGAAAGUAACAACUGCAACUUUGCAUCGUCUCAACUUGCUCGUGCCAGGCAAAGAUCAGUCAGUGGUAAUGUCGCUAGCAAGAAGACUCCUGUUCGCAGAGUGGACGAUGAUGCUCUUAAGAGAUCAAGGCUCCAUAGCAGCCAGUAUGAGCUAUCUCAAGAUCUGUUGGACAAGCAGGUAGAAAUGCUGGAGAGGAAAUAUGGAGGAGUUUGUGCUCGUAAAGCUGCUUUAACCAUCCAAAGAGCCUUCCGUAAAUACACGAUUAUGAAGCGCUUCCAAGACAUAGCCAAUGCUUCCAAAGGUGAAAAGCGUCUCUCUCGGAGAUUCCCGACGUUCGACGUCGAGAACAAAGAAUGGAUUGUCUACAACAACAAUGGCACAGUGUCUCGCUAUCCUCACUUCCAACAUCACCAGUCUUGCUACGAGGGUGAUAUCAAACUUUGCAACAACUUUCAUUCCAAUGUCAACUCUGAUUCGAUGUUACAAACUCAAUACAAUUCCUUGUACCGAGAACUGAACGAUACGCUCGAUCCUGCCGACUCUCGCUACAGCAAACCUUGUCGCACCCAGAGCUUCAGGGAGAGGCGUAUCAAAUAUCAGGAGGCAUACAGUCAGGGGGCUUAUCUGCCCGAACUUGUAAAUAACAAAGAUUCCAACAACUGUGAACAUUUUGCAAGCAAACAGGCUGCUCUGUUAAAUAGUGCAUAUUACCACGAUGUGUACCAGUCUCAAGUUACCAGGUCGCCACCCUCUUUCCCUCGUCAUCCGGCGUGGACGGCGGUACCAAAUGCUAAUUUGCAAAGGACUCAUUGUUCUCCGAACCAGACAUCCCUGUACAUUAAUUCUAGUCCUAGUGUCAAAGUUCAGCACCAAGAACAUUUUCAGCCUGCAAGGGAUUCCGUGUCCUCUGAAGAUAGCGCACUGAGCUCGCUUAGCAUAGAAAUGGAAGCAAAUGAGCUAGAUGCCAGUAUUCAUCGAGGCUCAUUGGCGAGGCAUUCCCUGAACGUAAGUCCUUCAAAACAGUCUGGUCCUGUUUUGCUGCAAAGGAAUGCUGUUCGUGCCAGUGAUGUUGCUCUUGGUCGAAGAGUCGCACCGAGAGGAGAACAGAAAAAGGUGCCCCCGCAAGUUCCAAAGAGAACUUCCUCCAUUCCCAGCAGGGAAGAUAAUCAAGAACAUUCUGAGUCUCCUUCAGAAAACCAGCAAUUGAAAUCAUGUGGCAAAACUGUGGAUGCUUCCCCGGUGUGGAAGAGGAAAUCUCUAGUCUUAGCAGAGCAAACAGUUAGUAUAGAAGACAAACGGUUAAGUAACAUAUCUGAAAACAGUGAAGACAGCUUAGAUGGUGGUGGAGGCUAUUCUAAUACUGUUCCAGCAGAUAUGAGUCAUUCCUUUAAUGUUCAUAACUACCCAGACAUAAGGACACCUCAUGAUAUUCCUGGAACGCCAUCCAUAUACAAGCUUACAGAAAUUCAAAGGAAGAGGCAAUAUAGAGUAGGACUUAAUUUAUUCAACAAAAAACCUGAAAGAGGGAUUCGUUACUUAAUACAGUGUGGUUUUCUAGAAGCUUCUCCUCAAGCUGUUGCCAGGUUCCUGCUUACAAGAAAAGGUCUUAGUAAACAAAUGAUUGGUGAAUAUUUAGGAAAUCUACAGAGUUCUUUCAAUAUGGCUGUUCUUGAGUGCUUCGUUCAAGAACUGGAUUUAGCUGGUAUGCAAGUUGAUGUUGCACUAAGAAAAUUUCAAACGUUUUUCAGGAUGCCUGGAGAAGCCCAAAAGAUUGAAAGGCUAGUAGAAGUAUUUAGUCACAGAUACAUUGAUUGUAACCAUGAUAUAGCUUCUAAAUUCCAUAACCCUGACACAGUAUUUGUUCUUGCAUUUGCCAUAAUAAUGUUGAACACAGAUCUUCAUACGCCCAAUAUGAAAGCUGAAAGACGAAUGAAACUUGAAGAAUUUAUUAGGAACUUAAGAUCCAUUGAUGAUGGUCACGACCUAGAUAGAGAUAUGCUUGUUGGAAUUUAUGAAAGAAUAAAAACCAAUGAAUUCAAAAUGGGGUCAGAUCAUGUAACACAAGUGCUAAAAGUGCAACAAACAAUUGUUGGAAAGAAACCUAAUCUUGCCUUGCCGCAUAGGCGUCUAGUCUGCUAUUGUCGUCUGUAUGAAGUAUACGAUGUUAGCAAAAAGGAAAGGCUAGGUGUUCAUCAAAGAGAAGUUUUCCUAUUUAAUGAUUUACUAAUGGUUACUAAAAUAUUUAGCAAGAAAAAGAAUAGUGUUACAUAUACAUUUAGGCAAUCCUUCCCUCUUUGUGGUAUGAGUGUCACAUUAUUCGAAGCACCAUAUUACCCUCAUGGCAUACGCCUUAGUCAAAGAGUGGAUGAUAAAGUACUGAUCACAUUUAAUGCACGGAAUGAACAUGAUCGAUCAAAAUUUGUAGAAGAUUUGAAGGAAUCUAUUCUGGAAAUGGAUGAAAUGGAAAAUCUCAGAAUUGAAGGUGAGCUGGAGAAGCAAAAGAUGAUGAGGGUUCGAGGAGCUGAAAAUAGAGAUUCAGGUGUUGCUGAUAUGGAGAUCAUUCCCCAAACUUCCAAAGAUGGCAAAUUAUCACCUGAAAGUGCAGCUUCUGCCAAUAAUUUGAAACGAUCUGCACUGUCCAAUUCAUUACUUGAUCUGCAUGAGCAACAAGUCAAUAAACCAGUAAGAAGAGGUAGUGCAGGCUCUUUGGAUAGUGGAAUGUCAAUAUCUUUCCAGUCCUCUGCAGCGAGCAGUGUGAGCCAUGAUUCUUCUCCCCAGAUAGUUCACGCAAGUUCUACCUCCUCUGGUUCUGGUUCGAGCCUGGGCAGCACCCGCAGUGGAACAGAACAGAAGCAAACCCCCCCACCCCAGGCUGGAUUCCUGGGAGGGCUCUUCGGCAAGAAAGGGAAAAACACGAGCAAGACCAACAUGAGGAAAGCCAUGGACGUACCAGAAUCCUAAAGCAUCUGUUUGCUCGCCAUUCGACUUGCAUUUCGUCGCCAUUGCGGUAGCAACCCGCAUUGUUCUGCGGCUCAUUAGACAGGGUUCGUACGCUCCUUACAAACUCCUUAUAAACUCCUGCUUUUUAAGAAAAUAAAAUAAGGGCCCUUAAAUCUCCUGACUUUUGCUAUUAUCUCCUUACAAACUCCUUAUUUUUUUAUUCUACAUGGCCUUAAAGAUGUUUUUCUAUCGCCAAUCUGAUAGGAGUGAUUACGUUGUACCUAAUUUUACCAAAAUUCCGCUAUUUAUUCGUCUGCUAAUACCGGAAAUCCGAUUUUUUCGUUAGACAAAUUUCUUCCCCACAUUCGAAUUUUUUUUUCAAAUUUAUGUCGAUUAUGUAGAUAGCUAUUUGUAAAAUAACAUCUUGUAGAUUUUUUAUAGUAUCAUUUUCAAGUUUUUUUUUUUUUUUGCUUCUAUAAAUUCUUUUAUUUACCUCCCCCCCCCCUUUUAUUUGAAUUUGAUUCCGAGACUGCUGACGUCAAAGAAAAUGCAGUAAAUGCAUAUUUUACUAUAAAUUUAUGUAGUAUGUUUGUGCGUUCAAUGUUUUGUUUGAAAACAAAAAUAAAUAAUAUUAGAGUUGUACAUAUUUUUUCUGAAAUAAGUUUUAAAAAAUACAUCUUUAAACAGGAAACUAGUCCUUAAAAAAUAAAAUGAACUCCUGCGAAACUCCUUAAAAGCUCCUUACUUUUGAUUUUCAAAGUUGAGUAUGAACCCUGUUAGAUGAUGCUCGGAUCAUUUGAACGGAUGCGACAUAUUUACGUACAUAUUUUGUACUUUAUUUCCGGAGUUUUUUAUGUAUUUGAAAAAUAGGUGCCAUUAUGUAUCGUAAUAUGAAGUGUCGGCUUUCUGAAAAGAUUUUUUGUGCUGAAAAUAAUAUCAUUUGUACGUGUUGUGGAUGUGACUGUAUAGUACACGUACAAAUGAUUAUUAUUUUUUUAAAUAUGAGGAAUAUUUUUUUAAAAAGGUGAUGUUUUAUAUUAUGAUACUUAAAAGUCUCUAUGUUCAAAUACGUACAGAUUAAAUGAAAAGAAAUGAAAUGCAAAUAUAUACGUAUAAAUGUCAUACCGAUGCAAAUGGAUUGAGCAAUGAAUAUAAAAAUAGUGAAAUAUUUUGCAGUUCAUUGCUGUAAUUUUUGCAUAUGACAAAUCAGAAUAGGAACUGUUUAUCUCAUCUUUGGUUGUCAAGUGAAAGCAACUAAAGUGCUCUCUCUCUCUCAUGUUUCUUGAAAAAAAAAGAAGAAAAAAAUCCAAACAGUUCUUCAAUUAGGAAAAAUCUGCAUUUGUAACAAAGAUUAUUGGUCAACAGAUUCUGCAGACGAAUCUAAUUUGUUGAUAUAUGAAGUGAUAAGUGCAAGUAAUUCUCAUGAUGGUGAUCAUAGAAGAGUUGUGGAGUUUUGUCCAGUUGCAAUAAUUUAGACCAGUGAAUUUUAAGACAGUAUGAAAUUUAUAUGCAUAUGUCAUAUAGCUUUAUUAUUUGAAAUUAUAUAUAAGUGAAAUGUACAUAGUUUAUCCACAUACAAGACCUAUGUAAUAUAGAAUGAUGUAUAUAGUGUUUAGUAACUUCGUUUGGGUGACAAACUGACUUAGCGAAGCCUGUAUAGACGCAUAUUAAAAGAAAAUGAGCCAGAUUUAAUAUAUUGAAUUGUAUAAACUGAAAUUUAUAUAUAUAUAUAUUCUGGAAAUAGGAAAAUAUUGUAAAGAAAACCAGCUCAAAAUAUAUAAUUUAAAAAUUUUAUUUAAAAUUUGUAUUUUUAAUGUUCUUUGUCAGUAAUAUUGCAGUGUGUGAGGCACUUUUUUACAGAAAUUUUUGAAUCCAUGAAAUUAGCCACUACCAGCUACAAUGUGUUCAAGGUUUAGUUUAUUUUUAAAUCUAGAGUAAUUCUUUCUCCAACACCGAACUUUUUAAAAAUUAUUCUCACUUGUAUGCUGAAUUAAAAAUUUAAUAACCCUGUCAAAUAUACAUACAUUUAAUAAUCUCAGUUUUCCUCCAAUUUAAAAAAAAAAAAAUGUAAAACUUUUUUUUCUUUUUGCGGAAAUAUUUUUGCCUUCUAGGCAAUUUUAAAUAACUACAUGCAAAUAUAUUUUUUUAUGCAAAAAGAAAAGAAAAUUGUUGUAGAAUUAGUGUUUGUAUUGUGAAUAGCGGGAAGAAAAACAGCUAAACCAUAAACUUGAUUUUGUGCAGCAUUUCAGAGCAUCAACUGGUGAAAGGCUCGAAUUUUUAGGUAAUAAUUAGAGUUUACAUUUCUGGUUCUAAAUUGAGAAAAUUGUUUCAAAGCUUUCCCCAAACAUCUCCAGCAACUUAGUUUUACCAUUAAAAAAAGUUUCUUUCAAGUUUCCUUCUUAAUAUCUAAUUAAAUAAAUGGGUAAUGAAUAAAUGUUUAACUUACUGUUGCAAAAUAUACAUGCAAUGAUUUUUACAGAACAAUGCAUUAGCACAAUUUUACUGUUUGAUCACAUUUAUAAUGUAUUGCAAAUUUAUUAUUGAAUAUUCCACUGUGUUAAAUUUGAACACUUUCUCUGUUAAAUGAUUGAAAUUUUGUUUAAUAAUUUUUCAGUAUAAUAUUGCAAGUUUCAAUAAUAGUACUUAAUUGAAAUAAAGCCUGGAGCUUAUAAGAAAAUAAAAAUCU